CUCCCCUCCUUUUCCAUGUAUUAUUCAAGUUGCGACCAAAGAGCUCAGACCCGCUGCCUGGUGACGUCAGCAAACUUACCCGAGCCGCUGCCGAGACGAGAGGCAGAGGAGGAGGAGGAGGAGGAGAAGAGGGAAGGAGCUGCUGCUGCUGCCGCUGCCUCCGCCGCCGCCGCUGCUGCUGCUGUUGGAUGUGGAGUUUUCUACACCGUGUUCUUCUUCUUUUCCUCCGGGACUGUUCGGACUUUCUACUCGCUUUCCGGUGGAAUAUUGGCAGUAACUCCAGAGGGACUUUGGAGACGCACAUUUUUUUCCAUUAUGAACCGCGCCUUCAACAGGAAAAAAGAUAAAUCAUGGAUGCACACCCCGGAGGCACUGGCCAAGCAUUACAUAGCCUACAAUGCUAAGCUCCUUGGAAACACAGAGGUUGAGGCCCCAAAAGGCACAGAAGUCGUAAAGGAUGCAGUCAGAAAGUUAAAGUUUCAGAGGCAUAUCAAGAAGUCAGAGGGACAGAAGACUCCCAAAGUGGAAUUGCAGAUCUCCAUUUAUGGUGUGAAAAUACUAGAUCCCAAGUCAAAAGAUGUGCAGCAUAACUGUCAGUUACACAGGAUAUCCUUCUGUGCGGAUGACAAAACCGACAAAAGGAUAUUUACUUUCAUCUGCAAAGACUCGGAGUCCAACAAACACCUGUGCUACGUGUUUGACAGUGAAAAGUGUGCAGAGGAGAUAACUCUCACCAUUGGUCAGGCAUUCGACUUGGCCUACAAGAAGUUCCUGGAGUCUGGCGGCAAAGACGUGGAAACCAGGAAACAGAUCGGGAGUCUUCAGAAAAGAAUUCAAGAACUGGAAACGGAAAACUCUGAGCUAAAGAAACAGCUUCAGGAUCUGGAAGAGCAGCUGAUGAUUGCUCACGUGCCACCGCCGCUGCACAUUAACACAGACGAUGAAAUGUACAUGCUCCAGACGCCCUCGUCUCUCUACUGGUGUCACAACAUCACGUCACUAUCCUGUCUGGAAAUCUCCUCUGUCACGCUCACUCCUAUGAGCUCGCCGGAUUCCAACCUGUCCGCCGGGCUACUAACACCUCCGCCUGCCAAACCUACUCUCCUUCCUGCUAAGCUUACCGAGGGAUGCAGCAUCCCACGGCCUCGCGCAGGGAGCAUCUCCAUGAAACCACAGUCCACAGACGUUUUCGACAUGGUUCCCUUCUCCCCUGGGACACCGCUGAUGCCCGCUGUGGCCAGUAAUGGCUGCCCACCACCGCCGCCAACCACAUUGCCACCAGAUAUAAGGAAGGACUUGUUUGGUGCCGAGCCUUUUGAUCCAUUCACCUGUGGGGCAGCCGACUUCCCUCCAGAUAUUCAGUCAAAGCUGGAUGAGAUGCAGCGUCAGAGAUGGAGGGGUUCAAAAUGGGAUUAACCUUAGAGGGCACCGUCUUCUCCCUGGACCCGGUGGACAGCCGCUGCUGAUGCCAAGAAGAUGCUCCCCGUCACAUACUUUUAUCUCGUUUGUAUCAAGUGCCAAAAUCUGUCCCGCAAGCCCGAGUCGAGAUGUCACGGUUCUCAUCUUGAGGUUUAUAUGCAUUUGCAUUUAGAUUGGUUUUUUCGAUAUUUCAAGGCAAACUCAGAUCCAUUAUAGAAAAUAACUAUUUUUGUAAAAAAGUAAAUAAAUAAAUAAAAUAAAAUGGAAGGAAGGAAGUGUUUUGCACAGGCAAUGUGAGAGCUGUAAAUAGUGGAGUAUGUGGAAUGGUACACGCCAUGGCAGAAUUUUCACAAGAAACCAUUUUGUGUGUGUGUGUGUGUGUGCACCAUUUGAAAUUCUGUGUUGUCAACACAUUCCUGUUUGUACGCCCAAUAUUCUGGAAAGAGGAUUAAAUUGAACUUGUAUCUUUAA